GCGCAGGCACCGCCCCCGUUCCCCCCGGCCGUGCCCGGCGCUGCUCCGCGGCCGCUCCGCUGCUCGUCCCUCGCGUCCCGGCGGUCCCGGGCAGCCCGGCAUGGCGGAGAGCCCGGGGCGGCCCCCCGAGCUCAGCGAUGUCCCGCGGGAGGGAGGCGAGGACGAGGCGGCGGCUCCGCCGGGGCCGUGCCCCGAGGGAGCGGCCGAGCCCCUGGACGGGCCCGCGGAGCGGCCGCGCCUGAGCGCGGAGGCGGCGCCGGAGCCCCCCGGGGACAGCGGCCCCCCCGAGAGCCCGGGGACACCGAGCGCGGAGCAGCGGGACCCCGGCGGGGACAGCCCGCGGGACGAGGGGCAGCCGGGCGGGGAGCCGGGGGUGAUGGACGGGCCCGAGGGCUCCGCGCCGGCCAGGGCAGAGCCCGAGGGAGAGGCGGCGGCACCGGCGGGGACCGAGCCCGAGGACACGGCCGCGGUUCCGACGGGGACGGCGCAGGAGGAGGCAGCGCCGGCAGCGACAGAGCCCGAGGACGGCGCCGUGGCCCCGGCGGGGACGGAGCCCGAGGGCGCCGUGGCUGCUCCGACAGGGACGGAGCCUGAAAAUGCAGCCCCGGCGGGGACGGAGCCCCAGGUGAGAGAGGCGGUGAGGGAGGAAGCUCCGAUGGAGAGAGAGCCCCAGGAAGAUGCGGCCACAGCCCCGGUGGGGACAGAGCCAAGUGAAGCAGAGGCGACAGCCCCGGCUGGAACAGAGCCCGGGGACGCAGAGGUGACAGCCCUGGCGGGGACAGAGCCAGGUGAAGCAGAGGGGAGAGCCCCGGCGGGGACGGAGACAGGUGAAGCAGAGGCGACAGCCCCGGCUGGAACAGAGCCCGGGGACGCAGAGGCGACAACCCCGGCGGAGACAGAGCCUGGGGACGCAGAGGUAACAGCCCCGGCUGGAACAGAGCCCGGAGAAGCAGAGGUGACGGCCCCGGUGGGGACAGAGCCCGGGGGGGACGCAGAGGAGACAGCCCCGGCGGGGACGGAGACAGGUGAAGCAGAGGGGACAGCCCCGGUGGGGACAGAGCCCGGGGACGCAGAGGGACAGCCCCGGUGGGGACAGAGCCCGGAGAAGCAGAGGCGACAGCGCCAUCGAGGACAGAGCCCGGAGAGGCGCUGGGACAGGCGGCCCCAGACAGAAGAGAGCCCGGGGACGCUGUCGCGACAGCCCCGUGCAGGACGGAUCCCGAGGAAGCCCGGAGGGAGGGAGCCCCGGCGGGGACAGUCCCUGAAGAUGCAGUGCGAGAGGCAGCCCCGACGGGGACAGAGCCCAGGGAGGCUGCAGUGA